UUGCAUUUAGAUUUUUGUUCAGUGUAGGUGUAUGCUAUAAUUACAACAUUACCCCUCCAUUGAGUAUACUUUGUCCAAGUGAAACAGUUCACACAAGAAAUCCAGGGACUCUCCCUCCUUCCUAUUCUUUUAUUUCCAGCUGUGCAGAACGAGCGGGACCGCAUCAGCAGCCGCAGAGGAGAGGGACAGGGGCUGGGCACUCUGUCAAUCAGUGUACUGCUACAGGCAGAGGCCAGCAUGCAUCAGUUUCCAGCCCUGACCUCCCCUAUGAGCUGUGACAUCAACASCAAGARGAUAGCWYGCGUGGGGGAUGUGUGUGAGUCCAUGAAGCAGCAGCUCCUCCUGCUGGUGCAGUGGGCCAAGCGCAUCCCCGAGUUCUGCAGCCUCCCAGUUGACGACAGGGUAUCCCUGUUACGAGCCCACUCUGCUGAACACCUCAUCCUAGGGGUGGCUCGACGCUCCCUGCCUUACAAUGACAUUAUCCUUCUGGGUAAUUUCUUUGUGAUCCCAGUGAGCGGUCCUGAGGUGGAGGUGUCCAGGGUGGCUGCCCGGAUCCUGGAGGAGCUGGUCAAGCCUCUGAGAGAGCUGGACAUCACCGACAGCGAGUUUGCCUGCCUUAAGACCAUAGUCUUCUUCAGUCCUGACUGCCCAGGGCUGGAGGCCCCUCAGACAGUGCGGCGGCUGCGUUUCCAGGCCCAGGUGCUGCUGGACGAGGCCACCUGUGAGCAGCGGGGGCGUUUUGGGGAGCUGCUGCUGAUGCUGCCCCCCCUGCAGAGUGUGGCCUGGCAGAUGGUGGAGACCCUGCAGCUGGCCAGGCUCCUGGGGGAGCCCAGCGUGGACAGCCUGCUGCAGGAGAUGCUGCUGGGGGAGGGGGACACUGGGGGCCAGAGACAACGCACAGGGCACGGUUCUAACUCAAAUGUAAUGGCGUUCCCCCAACCCCAGGAUCACACCCUGUCUCAGGACCUACUAGGAGGCCAUGUCGGGUUGCCUAGCAACUUCACAUCAGUCAUACUACCUGUCCCUACCUCUCUGUCAGUGGUGCCGCUGGUGCCCACACAGACUGGCACUGAGGUGUACAGACAUGGAGAGGGGGCAGACAUGCCCAUAGAGUCUGCCCACAGCAUGCCCAUAGAGUCUGCCCACAGCAUGCCCAUGGAGUCUGCCCACAGCAUGCCCAUGGCUCCUGUCCACAGCAUGCCCAUGGCUCCUGUCCACAGCAUGCCCAUGGCUCCUGUCCACAGCAUGCCCAUGGCUCCUGGGGAGCCAGCCUGGCCCUACAGGGGGCACAUGGCCCAGACUGCUCCCCUUGUCUCAGGCCCUCUAACCCAAGCCUCAUUUCACAGGAACCUGGGCCCUCUCACCAGCCUGGUCGUCAGGCUCAGUCCCUACAGCUCUGAGCUCACCUGA